AUGGAGCGCUGCAUCAAGGAGGGCCUGCUGCCACCCACACUGUGCCGGGAGCUGAGGCUCCUUCACCUUGCCGCGGCAGUACCUGGGUACAGGCCCAACUGCACGGCCUGCACGCUCCUGGCCUGUCCCGUCUGGGGUUGGCCGGCCCUGCUCCGUGCGCGGGAGCUCGCGCGCAACGCGGCAGAAGAUUUUUUCGACGAAUUUGGGGGUCUCUGGCCGGAGACGACCGUCACCGUGUGCUGGUUUCCUGGGUCCUCACUGCCAAUGCACACGGACAACUGCAAAGACUAUCUCUCGAAGCGGCAUGUCUCGGUGGUAGUCUGGCUGAGCAGUCAAGGCGAGGACUUCGAAGGCGGCGAGUUCUUCUUCCAGGGCGCCGGACAGUCGGAAGCAGAGGAAGUGGUGCGGCCAAGAGCAGGCAACGCGGCGCUCUUCCGAGCUGACGAGCCGCAUGGCCUGCGAGGCGUGGUGCGAGGAGCCCGCCUGGCACUCAAUGUUUGGUUCACGCGGGAUCCCGGAGCCGCGGAGGAUGCGAAGCUGCUCCAGCUGCACAUGCUUCGCGCAAGCACUCGGUCCGAGCGCCUUUUCGGCUUGGGGCCCCAGGCAUGUUGGCCAUCGGACGAGGCCGCGGCGUGCCUGGCCAAACGUACCUUGGCCCAGGUUGGGCUACCGCCCCGUGCCCAGGUUCUGAAACCGAGACGCCAUCGCCUCGCUGCCACGAACUUGAAGCUCCGCUCUGGGCUUCCCGCAGCGCGGCGGGCGCGCCUGGCUGUGGCAGCGCACAGCCAGCUCUUGGCCGCGGAGAAUUCGCGGUGCGCUGGGCGCGCUUCGAGGUGCUUCUUUCGGCUCUUGCGCCGCCGCGAGAGGCAGGUGUGCACAGCCUUGCCUCAGUGGCAUCAGCACGGCCUCGUGUCCCUGGCCCAGCUGAGCUCCCCCUGCUCUGCGUGCUGUCGGAAAGUGCGCGAUGGCACAACACGCGGUGCGCGUGUGGAGGUCGUUGAGGAGGUGCCUGGGCUGGUGAUUGCAAGGGGCGUGCUGGGCGGCCAGCUCCAGAGAAGGCUGCGAAAGCUUGCCGACAGCCUCAUGUCUGCCCAGGGCAAGCUGAUGAACCAGGCCAUGCGCUUUGGCACAGACGUUCCCCCGUGGGCACAUGCCUUGGCUCGGAGGAUCCGGAGGAUUCCCGGCUUCUUCACAGACCGCCCGCCUGCGUUCGAUCAGCUCAUUGUGAACGCCUACUAUCCCGGUGAGGGCAUCCGGCGCCACGUGGACCUCCUAAAGUUCGGGGACCACGUGCUGGGCGUUUGCUUGGGCGCAGACGCAACGCUUACGCUCAGGCGCAUCGCAGAGCAUGUGCUGCCCAUCCAGCCAGGUGCGGAGUGCGCCCUCGCCGACGAGGACCUCGAGGGCCCAGCGGUGGAUGCCGCUGUCCGUGCCGGAGACGCUUACUGCCUCUCGGGGGCCGCGAGGCAUCGAUGGACGCAUGAGAUUUCGCCCGAUUCCAUCCGCAAUGGCCGGCGUCGCGUGAGCCUCACAUUCCGCGCUUUGAGACCCUCCGCCUGGCAGGGCCCCAGCUGA